AUGUCUGAUAAGGGGGUCAUCAAUCUGGCAUUGUCCAAGAGACAGCCUCUGCUCAAAGACAAACCCGCUGCUGGCGAUGAUCAAUCACUCCUUCCAAAGGCAACCAAAACUCAUCCCAAGGGCAGCAAAGGCGACGAGAACGCGAAUAUCUAUUUCAUUGGAACAGCUACCACUGUGAUUGAAUGGCAAGGCUUUCGUCUUCUCACGGACCCAAACUUUCUCCAUGCUGGCGACCAUGUUCAUCUUGGCCCCGGUGUCACUGCUCAACGACAGACCAACCCGGCGGUUGACUUGCAUGAGUUACCUUCACUAGACGGCAUUCUUCUGUCACAUUAUCACGAAGAUCACUUCGACCGACUCGUCGAAGAUUCCCUCAAUAGGGACUUUCUCAUUGUCACUACUCCCCAUGCGCAUAAGUGCUUGACAGCUAAAGACCCGCCCUUCACCAAUGUCAAGGCACUCGACUUUUUCGACCAUGUUAAACUCAAGUCGGAUGAUACUGAAGCUGGCAAACAAGCCCUUGUCAUCAAAGUCACUGGCAUGCCGGGAAAACACGUUCCUCCUGGCCCCCUGGCCGCAAUGAACGACCUCAUCGGCUCCCACAACGACGAAGAUGAGAAGGUACAAACUGGUUAUCGUAUCUACAUUUCUGGAGAUACACUUCUCGUGGAUGAACUUAAAGAUAUUCCAAAGUGGCUUCAGAAUGAGCGUAUCGACUUGAUGCUGAUUCACUUGGGAGGAACCACUAUCCCUGGGCCGUCUGCACCUCUGCUCAUGGUAACCAUGGAUGCUAAACAAGGUGUUGAGAUGAUCAAAAUGAUGGAUCCAGAUGUUACAAUUCCCAUUCAUUACGAUGACUAUGAUGUUUUUAUGUCGCCACGAAAGGAUUUUGAGAAGGCAGUCAAGGAGGCUGGGUUGGAAGACAGAGUCGUGCUUCUGGAUAGAGGGGACAAGUAUCAAUUUUAUGUCCGGAAGGAUUAG